GGAACACUACUGGAGAAAGUCGCUUCAGCUGGGACAGCCUGGACUAUUGGAAAGAGACGGACGGAAUCUUUAGUGCUUUCUUUUUUUUGUCCUGAAGCCAGUCGUUCGAUGAGGCUCGUUGGAUCUCGGUCCCAAGACAUGGAAGAGCAUCUCUCCCCAUCCGCGCGCUCGGCUCGCAGUCCCGGGUCCCAAACGAGGAUCCACAGCAUUGAAUCCAUAUUAGGAUUUAAAGGAGAGAACCUCUUCCACCCGGCGUUUUCUUACGGAUCUGGGAAGACGGUCAAAGACGCCGAGCAUUUGUCUUCCCCCAAAAAGGAUUCCAGUAACUCCAAAAACUUUGAUGGUGUCUGCAGGUCCGCCGUCAUGGUCAGUCCGGAUCUGCCGGACGAUGCCGGCAAGUUGUCGGACGAUGAAAAUCCCAAGAAAAAGCACCGGCGAAACCGGACCACGUUCACCACCUUCCAGCUGCACGAGCUCGAGAGAGCGUUUGAGAAGUCGCACUAUCCUGACGUGUACAGCAGAGAGGAGCUGGCGCUCAAGGUCAACCUGCCGGAGGUCCGCGUGCAGGUUUGGUUCCAAAACCGGCGUGCGAAGUGGCGGCGUCAGGAGAAGCUGGAGGUGAGCUCCAUCAAGCUGCAGGAGUCCUCCCUGCUUUCCAUCCCCAGAUCGGGGCCGCUGUCCCUGCCGUUAGAGCCCUGGCUUACCGGACCCAUCACCUCCUCCGGCUCUCCCCUGCAGUCUCUGCCCAGCUUCAUCACCCCUCAGCAGGGAGUACCGGCCAGCUACACCCCUCCGCAGUUCCUCAGCUCAUCCGCGCUCAACCACCCCCUGCCCCACAUAGGAGCGGUGUGCCCCCCUCCGCCUGUGUAUCAGUGCUCGGGCUUUAUGGAUAAAUUUACACUAGAAGAAGCAGACCCGCGAAACACGAGCAUCGCCUCGCUAAGAAUGAAAGCGAAGGAACACAUCCAGUCUAUAGGGAAGACGUGGUAGGCCCAGGAGGACUCGUUUACCUUUCUAAAUCAGACUCUGUUUGAAGAAAAGCGGUCCAGAAAACUCCAAGAGUUGUUCGCUGCGGGUGACAGGCUUUGUGAAACAAAUUCACUGUAUAUUACUAUCUUUUUCGUCCGUUCAAUAAAGUAUCCUCGCUAAUUCAAACACUCCACCAGACCUAAUACAACGCUUUUACGGCAAAAAAACAUUUAAAUCAUUUAAAAAGCGAAAUAAAAAGUUUUUGUGUACGUGUGUGUACUGUU